AAGUAUGAAGUGUGUCAGCUUGUGCGUCCUACUGAGCUGCGCGGCAGCAGUUUACUCUGCGCCGGUAUCAACAGUCACUCUGAAGGAUGAGACGUUUGCAGAGAACUACUUGAAGAGUUUCUUCAACCUGACGGAGGAGGAGGGACCGUCGGUCAGGCGGGGGGUCAGCCAGCUGAGCCGGAAGCUCAGGGACAUGCAGAGGUUCUUCGGGCUGCAGAUCACCGGCACGCUGGACACCGAGACGGUGCAGCUGAUGAAGAAGCCCCGCUGUGGCGUUCCGGAUGUCGACGUCGCCCGUUUCACCACCUUCCAGAAUGAACCCAAGUGGCGAAAAACCGCCCUGACCUACAGGAUAGAGAACUACACCCCGGACAUGUCGGUGGCCGAGGUGGACGACUCCAUCGACAGAGCUCUGCAGGUGUGGUCCAGGGUCACUCCUCUGAGGUUCAGCAGACUCUACAGUGGAACCGCCGACAUCAUGAUCUCCUUCGGCCGCCUGUCGCAUGGUGAUUACUACCCCUUCGAUGGCCCUGAUGGCACCCUUGCCCACGCUUUUGCCCCAUCCCCCGGCAUCGGAGGAGAUGCCCAUUUCGAUGAAGACGAGACCUUCACUUACCGCUCAAACAGAGGCUAUGUGCUCUUCAUGGUGGCAGCUCAUGAGUUUGGCCAUUCCCUGGGCUUGUCUCACUCUACCGAUCCCGGUGCACUCAUGUACCCCGUGUACACCUUCAGAAACCCUGACACCUAUGCUUUGCCCCGUGAUGACAUUAACGGCAUCCAGUAUCUGUACGGUGCAAAUCCUGAUGUGAAUCCUAAUGAUCCUGCAACCCCACCCCCCACUACACCAGAUGCAUGUGAUUCAACCAUGGUCUUGGAUGCUGUCACAACAUUGAGAGGGGAGAUGUACUUCUUCAAAGACAGUUUCUUCUGGCGCAGCUACCCUCAGAGCAGCUCACCCCAGCAGAAUCUCAUCACAAGCUUCUGGCCUAAUGGCCCUAGCAAAAUUGAUGCGGCUUACGAGAGCCAGCAAUCAGACAGAGUCUACUUCUUCAAAGGUAAGAGAGUGUGGGCCUUCUCCGGCUAUGACCUUGUACCCGGCUACCCCAAAAAGCUUAACAGUUUUGGUCUGCCCAAUCGCUUAAGCAAAGUGGAUGCUGCCCUCUAUGAUGUGGACUCUCGCAAGACCUUGCUCUUUUCUGGAAAGUACUACUAUAGUUAUGAUGAAGCCACUCGUACCCUGGACGAGGGAUCUCCAAAGCGGGUGCAAAACACCUUCUCGGACGUGACCGGCAAAGUGACGGCAGCAUUUCAGUACAGAGGUUUCACCUACGUGUACAGUGGGUCCUACAUGUUUGAGUACCGCCUGAGGAGCCAGAGGCUGUUCCGGGUGCUGAGAAACAGCUACUUCCUCCGCUGCACAAACUACUAGAUCUUCUCUCCACGGGAACUAGUGGACAAUGUGAAUAACGAUGAAUGUAGCAGAGUCAAAACCUGUUUGUUGUUGAAAUACAGGGUGCCAGAUGUAAUUAUAUUGAUAUACGUAUUUAUAAAAACAUGUUUUUUAUGUUUUUAAGAUUGUUGCUUUAUUCUUAUUGUUCUUAUUCUGUGUAUAACUUAUACUGUGUUUGUCUGUGUCUGUCUUGCACUGUUUGGUGAAGCCACAGCCCUCAUUUCAUUUUUAACAUGUGCCUGCACAUUGUUUUUAAUGACGAUAAAAUUGAAUUGAAUUGAAUUUAUAAUGUCAUUGUUAGGAUGUCUGUAAUGAAUGCUCAGUGUAACAACUUAAAACACCUUACAAAUAAAUUUAUCAUGAGAAUUUUAUAUGUUGUUGUUGUUUUGUAUUUAAGCUACACUCACUGUACUGUUGUGAAAUUGUUUAAGAGAAGUUUCAGAAAACCAGACAUGGCCUGUUAGGCCUGUAUACUGCAGAACUUGUUUCAAUACAGCAUGAAAAAAAGAAAUGUAAAAGCAGUCAAAUGGAAACGUGCAAGUGUUAUUAUUAUUAUUAUUACACUUAGUAAUUCAAAAACAGGCAGCAACAUUUUCUAUAAGCUCCACAGAGGGAAUGUAUCAUA